AAGAAACUUGCGUUAUUGAUUUUACAUUGACGGCCGGGGGAUGAUGAGACGUGCAAAAGUACUACGCAAUGCUUUGCUUUUCUCACGACCUUGUCGUCUGAAAUCUUUAAAAAGGAGCGACGCAAAGUGGACGCUUCGGCACUUGUCAAAGAUGUUCAUUUCGUCUCAGCGGACAAUCUUUUGCUUGGUUAUAUGGAUCGUCCAUUUAGUCGAGGAUGGAGAAGCCAGGCAACGAUUAUACCACGAGGGAAAUCCUUUGAUAGAAGAAUUCGUGAUUUAUCCCUGGGUCGGUCCGGUAUUUCAACCCAAUUAUCGUCCAUCUACUUUUCGAGAUUUGUAUGGAACGAGGCCGAAUGAAGGGCGAAAGUUGUGGUCGAAAUUAAUGAAUAGCUUCAGGAAAGGCAACGUGUUUCGACCGUCCGUCCUUCCGAUAGCACAAACGCUCAAUGGAAUGGGGACAGGGACAGAGUUGGCAAAUAACUUGAUAGCCGCUAUGGGAGUAGAGGGACUGCAACGGAUCGCUGAAUUAGUGGCAAAUCAUCUACCGGGAGUCAUCGGACCACCGGGACCGCCUGGACCGCAAGGAUCGCCAGGAUCGUCAGGAUCCGGGUGGGUUGGGCAACUUCCGGAAGGUUUUCCAACAUUGGGAGCGAAUGGUGGCGAAAAGGGUGAAACAGGUGGAUGGGUACAGGGGCCACAGAUAUUACCACCUGAGUGGCUGAAAGGUGAGAAAGGAGAAAAGGGAGAAAGAGGCGACUGCACUUGCCAGGAAGUAAUCACGACGCCGGCAACUACCGAGUGCCCAACCACCAGUCCUUCAACAACAGAAGUGCCGCCAACAACAACAGAAACAGCAGAAACAACAACAGGAACAGAAACAACAACAGAAGUUCCACUAACGACAACAGAAACAACAACAGAAGUUCUGCCAACAACAACGGACGCGCUGCCAACAACAAAAGUUCCGCCAACAACAGAAAUUCCGCCAACAACAAUAGAAACAACAACAGAAGUUCCGCUAACGACAACAGAAGUUCCACCAACAACUGAAGUUAUGCCAACAACAUUAGAAACAACAACAGAAGUUUUGCCAACAACAACGGACGCGCUGCCAACAACAGAAGUUCCGCCAACGACUGAGGUUCUGCCAACAGCAGCAACAACAGAAGUUCCGCCAACAACAACAGAAGCUCUGCCACCAACAACAGAAACAACAAACACUGAUCCAACCACAGAGGGCCAAACGAGCACCGACGAGGGAGAGCCAACAACAACAACAGAAGAGUCAACAACAGAAGGACUAAUAACAACAACAACAACCGAUGAAGCGACCCCAACCACACCAACAACUGAGCAAACUGAAGUGACGGAUGCAAUGACAACGUCUGUUACCUCCCCUGGAUCAACAACAGACGAAGCAACAACCCAUGAAACAACAACAAAUAUGACACCGGAACCAACUGAUUUCACGACAAAAGAAGAAGAAAUGACGACGGACGAGGUCACCACCACGACAACACCAGAAGAAACAACCACCACUGAAUCAACAAAUGCGCCAACAACGACACCUGUGCCAACUACACAAACAGACGCAUCAACCGAAACAACCGAAGAGCCCACCACAACAACAACUACGACUCCCACCACAACAACAACAACAAAAAAACCGCCUCCUACGGAACCAGUUGUCGUCGACUGUGGCGAGACAAUCAUCUAUCAAAAUGCGACAUGGGAAUCGUCCAACUUAUUCAACUUGGAAUCAAUGCCCGACAUUUGCGUGUUGACCAUCCGAUUGAAUUCCAGCGAGAGCGACAAAGUUGAACAAGAACCCAUCUGCCAAAUACGACUCGAUUUCAACCAAUUUUCCAUCGCUCAGCCCAACCGACAGAGCAACUGCGUCACCGACAAUUUCAAAGCUUUCAACGCUGAAAAUCAUAUCCCAACGAUAUGCGGCGACAACCCAGGCCAACACUUGUAUUUAAAGCCAAGAAACCGCGCGAAAGAAGUCCAAUUGGUUUUCAAAUUCGGCCAAUCUCCAAUUAGACGAUUUUGGAACAUGCACGUCACUCUAGUUCCCUGCUGUGCCGAUCAUCUCUUGGCGCCUAUUGAUUGCCUGCAAUACUUCAACGAUUACCGAGGGAUUGUCAAAUCUUUUAACUGGAUCGAUUCACCAUCCGUAAACAAAGCGUCAAACCACCCGAGGCAAUUGGCCAAUCAACAGUACAACAUUUGCUUCAAAGCAGAUUCCAUGGCCAAAUCAAUUUGCUACACCCCUUGUAAAACGACUGGAUUGGCGUUCAGUAUAAGCCAAAAUGCUCUUCGGGGUCCAUUCCGUGCGGGAGUGGGCGUAACCGAUUGCAAUGAGGACUUUUUACUCAUCGCCAACGGUUACGACAAAUUCAACAAGGGCCAAAGGAACGACAGAUUCUGCGGCACUAUAUUCAAUCCUAACGGAAAUGUCACGGCCAAUCACGUAGACCAAAUCGCUGCUGGAUCGACCACUAUUUGCUCCGACAUCAAACCGUUUCAAUUUCACUACACGACCAACAUGAACGAGCUUCCGGUAGAUGUGGCCAACAACGGAUUUUGCUUGCAAUACAAUCAAGAAAUGAAUAAAAACCUACCGCUCAUUUUGGAUGAGAAGAAUUACUAUUCUCAAUUGGCCGAAUACAAUUAAUUUCAUGUUAAUAAAAAUUGAGGGGGAGGGCGCUUCACGUGGUUACUAAAAUUUUAUAAUCGUCAUCUUUUGUUUAAUAUCAAUUUGAUACGCCAUCUUUUAUUUAAUAAAACAACUGCAUUUUUGGUUUUUCUGUUAA